CUGAUCCAAGAACAGCGGUGAAGGCAGGAGAGCGGUGGGAGCAGGGGGCUGACUGUUUUGCGGAAUAUAAGGCACAUUUCCUCUCCUAAACGUGGACAGAGAAAAUGCCAAGUGGAUUGUUUUAUCGGUUUUUUUUUUGACAGAAAUGGACAGCACGUAUAGCUGUGAUUGCUGAGGGUAAUGUGAUUUCGACCAGCGGACUCGCUCCUUGCGGCAUCCUUGUGCGCGCUAAGCAGCGCUACAUCCGUAUUACUGAGCAGCGCAGCCUGGCGUUGCUGGGAAUUUCAGUCGCGUUGCUCAAAGGGGACGUUUAACCUUUAGCCGCUUAAUUUAGGUAAGGGAAGCGGCCAUGGCUGGCAUGAGACGGGCUAUGCAUAGACUCGCACUCUCGUUUAUUGUUACGGAAUUUAUUUAUUAAAAUAUUUGCGCUUUAAAAAUGGCUGCUGGACAGAGCUUAGUAGAACGGGUUUAUUAAUUGUGUUAAAUUUAAGUACUUUAUUAUUAUUUUUGAUUGGAAAGAAAAAGGCAUAAAAUGAGCUUUAUAAUUAAAUUCUGUCUCUUUUAAUGACGUCGGAAUAAUUUGCUGUGCAAUUGUUUUUGUAGAGCGUGUGCGCGCGUGUCUUGUGGCUUUUUUGUUUGUUUAAUAUAUGUAUAUAUUUUAAAAUUUUCGAAAGAGGAAAGCUUGUCAGCGGGAGGUACCUUUGUCUCAACAUUCUUUUUCAUGACUCUCGAUCUAUGGGUUAUAUAUUGAGCCCUUGGAAAAUUUACAUUCUCAUCUACUUCGUUCCUUCAAAGUUGAAUUUUACCGCUGAAAUGCGUUCCUUUGUUUGUCUCUUUUCAAAAAAAGAGAAACAUGUGGACUCUGAGUUACUACAUCAUGUACUCUCGUACAAUGGAAUCUAAUAUAUUUUAGAUACUAUUCUUCGCAAGGAUUAAUCUGGGGAGCCUUUUUUUCCUCGAGUAAAGGAUUCAACAGUGACACCUUUCAUUGUGUCAGUUAACCCCCUCCCCUACAAUAAAAUAAAUAAAAUGGAUGCACCGAAGAAUCUCCAAAAAGGACUUCUACUUUUCACAUGCCACGGAUACUCACUUUCCGGAUGGGUCCUCAUCAACAGAUAUUUAAUGGUUUAUAUUUUAUUCUACCUGGUGCUCUACGCCGAAGCUUCCCAUUCCAAGCCCUGUGACAAGAAUUGCUACUCUGGAAGAUGUUUUAACGGGACGUGUCUCUGUGACCAGGGAUGGGUUGGAGAUCAGUGCCAGCACUGCCAGGGCAGAUUUAAAUUAACUGAGCCUUCUGGAUAUCUAACAGAUGGACCAAUUAAUUAUAAGUAUAAAACAAAGUGUACCUGGCUAAUUGAGGGAUAUCCAAAUGCUGUGUUAAGAUUACGAUUUAACCACUUUGCUACAGAAUGUAGUUGGGACCAUAUGUAUGUUUAUGAUGGUGACUCCAUUUAUGCACCUUUAAUAGCAGUUUUCAGUGGGCUUAUUGUUCCAGAGGUACGUGGAAAUGAGACUGUACCAGAGGUAGUUACAACGUCUGGCUAUGCAUUGUUGCACUUUUUUAGCGACGCUGCCUAUAAUUUAACAGGGUUCAACAUUUUUUACUCGAUUAAUUCAUGUCCUAACAACUGCUCAGGCCACGGCAAGUGCACAACAGGGAACUCAAUCGCCAGCAGAGUAUACUGUGAAUGUGACAAGUAUUGGAAAGGUGAAGCAUGUGAUAUCCCCUACUGUAAAAACAACUGUGGAAGUCCUGACCAUGGAUAUUGUGACUUGACUGGAGAGAAACUGUGCGUUUGCAAUGACAGCUGGCAAGGUCCUGACUGCUCCCUAACAGUUCCAUCAACAGAGUCCUAUUGGGUGCUGCCAAAUGUGAAGCCAUUCAGCCCAUCUGUUGGUCGAGCAUCCCAUAAAGCAAUUGUCCAUGGGAAGUUUAUGUGGGUUAUAGGUGGCUAUACGUUCAACUAUAGCUCCUUCCAAAUGGUUUUAAACUACAACAUAGAAAGCAGUAUAUGGAAUGUAGUGCAGAUCAAUGGUGGGCCUCUUCAGAGGUACGGCCACUCCCUCGCCUUAUAUCAGGAUGAUAUUUACAUGUAUGGAGGGAAGAUCGAAACCAGCAAUGGGAAUGUCACAGAUGAACUGUGGGUUUUUAACAUCCCUAGCCAGACCUGGACAACAAAAAUCCCAUCUGUGCAAGCUCAUGGUCAGCAAUAUGGUGUGGAAGGUCAUUCAGCCCACAUCAUAGAAAUGGACAAUGGUGAUGUUAUCAUGGUUAUCAUUUUUGGAUAUUCUGCUAUUUAUGGAUACAUCAGCAAUGUUCAAGAAUACAACAUAAGGUCGAAUACUUGGCUAGUGCUAGAGACCAAAGGAGCAAUUGUCCAGGGUGGCUAUGGUCACACCAGUGUUUAUGAUAGCAUGUCAAAAUCAAUUUAUGUGCAUGGUGGAUACAAAGCCCUUCCUGCUAGUAAAUAUGGCUUGGUGGAUGAUCUCUACAAAUACGAAGUUCGUACACGGACAUGGACAAUCUUAAAGGAAAGUGGACUGGCACGGUAUCUCCAUUCAGCUGUUAUCAUCAGUGGGGCUGUUUUGGUUUUUGGAGGAAAUACACAUAAUGAUACAUCUUUGAGCAAUGGGGCGAAAUGCUUUUCUGCAGAUUUCCUUGCUUAUGACAUUGCAUGCGAUGAAUGGAGAGUGUUGCCAAAGCCCAAUCUACACCGGGAUGUAAACCGAUUUGGGCACUCUGCUGUUGUCAGCAAUGGGUCCAUGUAUGUGUUUGGCGGCUUCUCAAGUGUGCUUUUAAAUGACAUUUUAGUGUAUAAUCCUCCCAACUGUGAAGCUUUCAGAAAUGAAGGUUCUUGCCUCAGUGCUGGUCCAGGUAUCCGAUGUUUGUGGAGCAGAGAUCACUGUGUCUCCUGGCAUCCCAGUUAUACCAAUGGCACCAUCCCAGAUGUGCAGUGCCCAAAAAAGACAACAGCUACAGACGACAGAUGUUACAGGUUCACAGACUGCGCCAGUUGUACUGCAAACACUAAUGGCUGCCAGUGGUGUGAGGAUAAAAGAUGCAUUUCUGUAUCCAGCAAUUGUUCAGUUUCUGUAAAAAAUUACACCAAGUGCCAUGUAAGGAAUGAACAGAUCUGUAGCAAGCUGACAAGUUGUAAGAGCUGCUCUCUAAACUUGAACUGUCAGUGGGAACAGCGGCAGCCUGAAUGCCAUGCCUUGCCCGCGCAUCUCUGUGGGGAAGGAUGGAAUCACGUUGGGGAUGCCUGCCUGAGAAUUAAUUCAAGCCGAGAGAGUUAUGAUAAUGCCAAGUUGUAUUGUUAUAACCUUAGUGGCAACCUUGCCUCCUUGACAUCAUCUAAAGAGGUGGAAUUUGUCCUGGAUGAACUGCAAAAAUACACUGUACAGAGGAUCACACCUUGGGUUGGACUGAGGAAAAUCAAUAUUUCUUACUGGGGCUGGGAGGACAUGUCCCCUUUCACAAAUACAACAUUGCAGUGGUUACCUGGUGAACCAAAUGAUUCUGGAUUCUGUGCUUUCCUAGAAAGAGCAGAGGUGGCAGGACUAAAGGCCAAUCCAUGCACUGCAAUGGCAGAUGGUUUGAUCUGUGAGAAGCCUGUUGUGAGUCCUAACCAAAAUGCCAGACCCUGCAAGACACCAUGCUCCUUGCGAACAACCUGCAAUAACUGCACUAGCCAAGCCAUGGAGUGCAUGUGGUGCAGCAGUACCAAACGCUGUGUGGAUUCUAAUGCCUACGUUAUCUCAUUCCCUUAUGGUCAAUGUUUGGAGUGGCAAACGGCAACCUGUCCCUCUCAAAACUGCUCUGGACUGCGCACAUGUACACAUUGUUUAGAGCAGCCUGGCUGUGGAUGGUGCAAUGACCCUAGCAACACUGGGAAGGGACAAUGCAUUGAGGGAUCGUCAAGGGGUCCAAUGAAGGUUGUGGGGAAGCAAAGCCAAGAAAUGGUGUUGGACCAAGUGUUGUGCCCUAAAGAGAAGAAUUUUGAGUGGGCAUUUAUUCACUGUCCAGCAUGUCAGUGCAAUGGGCACAGCACUUGUGUGAACAGCAGUGUGUGUGAACAUUGUAGGAACCUGACCACAGGCAUGCAGUGUGAGGCCUGCAUGGCAGGUUUCUAUGGAGAUCCUACCAAUGGAGGAAAGUGUCAGGCUUGUAAGUGUAAUGGACAUGCUAAUGUUUGCCAGUCACAGAAUGGAAAAUGCUUCUGCACUACCAAAGGAAUUAAAGGAGACCAGUGCCAAUUGUGUGACUCAGAAAACAGAUACCUUGGCAAUCCACUCAGGGGCACAUGUUACUAUAGCCUUCUCAUUGACUAUCAGUUCACCUUCAGCCUCCUCCAGGAGGAUGACCGUCAUUAUACAGCUAUCAACUUCAUGGCUAACCCAGAGCAGUCAAACAAGAAUCUUGAUAUGUCUAUAAACGCAUCCAACAAUUUCAAUCUGAACAUCACAUGGUCAGUGGGAUCAACAGCUGGGACAAUAUCAGGAGAGGAAAUUCCAAUUGUUUCUAAGUCAAAUAUAAGAGACUACAGAGACAGCUUCUCAUGUGAGAAGUUCAGCUUCAGGAACAAUCCCAACAUCACCUUCUAUGUGUAUGUCAGCAACUUCUCAUGGCCAAUAAAAAUACAGAUUGCGUUCUCCCAGCACAACAGUAUAAUGGACCUUGUGCAGUUCUUUGUAACCUUCUUUAGUUGCUUCUUGUCACUGCUCCUUGUUGCUGCCGUCGUGUGGAAGAUCAAACAAACCUGCUGGGCUUCCAGACGCAGAGAGCAACUCAUGAGGGAGAGACAGCAGAUGGCCAGCCGUCCCUUUGCUUCUGUUGAUGUGGCGCUGGAAGUUGUAGGUGAUCAGAUGGACCUUCUGCGUGGGCCUUUAGAGGGUUCCCCAAAGCCCAUCGCUAUAGAGCCAUGCUCAGGGAACAAGGCAGCAGUGCUUACGGUGUUUAUAUGUCUCCCAAGGGGGUCAUCAGGGGUUCCUCCUCCAGGCCAGUCUGGUUUGGCAAUAGCCAGCGCACUGAUAGACAUUUCACAACAGAAACCCACAGAAUGCAAAGACAAGAGCACGGGAGUGCGGAAUCGAAAGCAGCAUCCCCUGACGCACCAAGGGACUUGUGUUUGAGCAGGAAGGUGUGCGGCCUUCUCUGACUUGCUUUAUGCCUAUGGCUUUGGGGGAAAAAGUCAUACUGCCACCUCUGUUUUUUUAGAGGUCAGCUAAAGAAUUUCUGUUAGGUAAUAUGCCCUGUUAUUUUCAUGCAUAAGAUCAGUAGUUCUCGUGAAAUAAAGGACCUCCAUUGAUCAGCACUGGCUGAGAGGACAUCUCCUGCAGCAAGCAUGUCUAGUAGGAGAAAGGAAAAAACAAAAAUUCCACACUAUGAACCUGUGGAUGCUUGAGACCUGUCUUCUAAGGAAAAUGCUGAAGUGAAAAGCAGCUUUCUGUGGGUUUCUCAAAAGGUUCUUAUGGAGAUAAUGAACACCUUACCUGAGUUUUGUGGGAAUCUGUGUGUUUCUAUGUACUGUACCUGAGUGAGUAUGACUGUGUGUGUGCGUGCGCGCCUGUGCAUACUGUAUGUCGCAUACAGUACAGAAGUCCAAUGCACUGUGUGAGCACGCAUGACUAUGCCAUUUAGCAGAGUAUAAAUUCUUAUUGCGCAUGUUUUCCUUUAUUAAGGCAUCCUUCACGUAAGGCAAAAAUUAAAUUAUUCAGUGUUUUGAAAGGCUUCCUUCUCUUUUAAGUGGCAAGUUCUCACAGCCCCAUAUCUGUCUGUAGAAUUAAUUACAAAAUAUGAAGCCAAGGCAAAGGCCUUGCAUUAUAAAUUGUCCAGUCAAGCACUUGUCUGCCUAAAGACAAAGGAAUGGCUUUCAGUCCCACUUGUAAAAUUCAAAUUGGCAAUGUAGCCUACCUCUGUAGUAAGUGUUGGCAGACUGGCACCUAAAUGGGUGUUUGUUAGUAAAAGUUUGCCUGUCUGUUAUAUUGCAAUCUGUUUGGUCACCCCAUCUUUACUCAUUACUUUACUCUGUUUGUAAAAAGUGGGUAUGCACAAGUGGUACUGUUUCACGGGACAAGGAGGUAAAGAGCCAGUUAAACAAUGCUGGAAAGGAAUCCUGGCCGUACCCUGGCGACCACUGCGUGUGUACCACUACAGAGGCACAGGUGCUUUCUGUAUAUAAGGAAAAAUUCUGUGUGGUAAAAUGUGAAGGAUGUUUAUGUUUACUGCGAUCCAGUUUUAUCUUUCUUUUUAAAUUCAGGAAGGUCGCUACUGUGGACCAGUGGAUAUGGUGGAGAUACAGUGGAGUCACAUGCAUGUUACAGUGGUGUCAAAUAUGUUACAGUCAGCUCUGAGUUUUUUUAUUAUUAUUAUUCAUUCUUCUUCUAAAGUGCAUAUCACAUUUUGCUGAAUGUUUUUUUUUUAAUUUAUUUUCUUUUUAAGAGAUGACUUUCAAAUGAAUAAUAAAAAGCCAGUUUAUUUGGCCUUAUCUUGCCUUUUAUGUUUAAACAGGAAACAAGCAACUGGGUUUUUGCGCAAACCGCGGCUUAAAGGCUAAAGCAGAGUGAGGCCUUUCUGAAUGGUGAGGCGCUGUGGCUCGUGAUCUGUGUAAUGUAAUCAGCACAAAGAGCAGAUACUCCAUCUUGAUGCACAUGGUGGGUUUCUUCUGUGUGUUUGUUUGUCACUCGAAAAAUAUGAGCACAAGCCUUUAAGGGAGUUUAACAGCAGUGGGGCAGUUUGCACUUCUAGUGUUUCUGUGACAGCCACCAUCCAGAUUAGCCAUGGAUAUCAAAGUCGCUGGCUUAAGGUAUGGCUGGGAACUCUAGAAGAAGGCUUUGGCCUGGUGACAUUAAGGAGAGGUCGGGGUCACUAAGAGCCUCCUCUCUUAAGCCUCACUGUAGCCACAAAGCCCACCCGCCAGAACAGAACAGUUCAUUAUGCUAGGACUCCCAACAAUUUUAUUUGACCUUAGAAUUGUUCUUUUGGAUGAAUUGUUUUAUUUACCAUGAGAGCCAGUUACAGUUCCCAUAAUUUAUUGAUCAUCAUAAAUGACAGUUGGCCUGUGCUACCACCCAUUAAUUUAAGGAAAACACUGAUUUUUUUGUAUCUUUUGAUCGUUUAUUUUUUUUAUUUUUUGCUAGCAUAAUUAAGAAUGUCAGAUAUUCUCCUUGAAAUUGAGCAUCACUAAUUAAUGUUAACUUUUUUUUUUACUUUGACAAUUGUUGCGCACUUAAUCUGUGCAGUUUUCCCCCAAGUUCAGAAAUGCAGUUGGCAGCUUGUCUGCUCUCUUCAUACCCGGCCAUAGUUGAGUUUAAAGUUCGUUUUUUUUUUGGAUUUGUUUAUAUCAAGUUAAGUGCCAAUGCUUCCUGUAUUUGUGAACAUGCUGCCUGCUUGUGCGUCUGACUGGCUUCCCUAGCGUGACGUCCUGUUCUAACCCCGCAGAGAACCACUAAGAUUCCUACAAGAGUACCAUUUCCUGAGCCACGCGCUUGGUUUAGCUCUUCACGUCCGCUGACGGGCUGUGUGUAACCAAACUCUAUGCAGAAUUCAUUGAGAAUGCUUGUUUAUUUUAUUUUUUUGUUUAACGAUGAUAUGAGACGUUUUGAUA